UUCUUAUUGUUAUCGCGUAAAAUAUUACGUGCAAAAAAGAAGUUGAAAAUAUUACGACAGAGAAAGAAAUUUAUUCUGUUGAAUUAUUUCCAAUAUUUUUUCAUAAAUUAAAAAAUCUUUCGAAAUAUAAAAAUAACUUCGAUGAAAUCGAAAGUCUAAAACCAUAAAUACGGGAACACGCGGAGUGGAACAGUUUUGCAAGAAAUAUUUAACGAAUUAAAAUUUAGAUUUUCCACCGAUAACUAACCUUUUUUUUUAGAGAAACCAACAAUGAUCGUAAUUACGUUAACAAUUGUGACCGAGACAAAUUCGCGGUGUCGCAUAGAGAAACAUCAAUUAAGUACAUGUUUGCGUGUAAAUAGCGGAAGAGGCCGUUUAUUGGUCACGUAAGUGAAACAUUGCGAAGGAAAUAUUUUUCAACAGUCAAUCGUGCAACGCGAACGCGUUCUUUCCUUUUUGCCCAUCUAUCGCUCCUCCAUAUUCGCUUCCUUCCUUCCUAUUCCGACGGAUACGGAAUACGGGAACGAUGAUGGACUCUGAGAAGAAAUGUAAUCGAACGGCCAUCGGAAUUGAUGAAAACAUGUCUUCGAUGAAAAGUUCGAAAGAAGAGACGUCAAAUUUUCAAAAAUCGAAAUCUCAAACGGCGGUGGAGGCGGAAUCAUCGGCGGCAGGCUCGUCGAGAGGGAGUGGUUGUUUCUCGAGGCGGGACAAGGUGACCGAUAUUCUCGACAAACAAUCGUCCACCGAUUCCCCGAAAAUAUUCAAAUCUUCGAGAUUCGGGAACGAGGAGAGUCACGAGAAUAGAUGGAAGAAAUUUUGGGACCAUCAUCGAAACAAAUUUCGACAGAGGUGCGAGAAGGAUCUCGCGACGAGGAAUCGUUCGCUCGAGGAGAUGACGACCGAGGUGGACGCUGUGUUUCGAAAGGCGAUUCGAAAUAUUCGUUUCGAUCGAUCUUCCACCGCGGACGAGAGCUGUCCAGAGAAGGAUAACAAGAGUGGGAAAGGGACGGCGAGCGUGUCGCAAAGUGUGGAGAAAUCGUUACAGCAACGAUCGAGGUUGGCUCGUUCGAAGGAGGAAGGUACGUUUACGAACAAAAUGGAAGAACACGAUGAUCCUUCGCCUCUUAAAAACAGCGAAGGGAGAGGGGAGGAAAAUACGUUGAACGCGAUCAGUCGUGCCAAUUUUCCCCUCGUGGAAAUUAAUAGGGGGGAAUGGAAUGAAAACACGAGGGCAAAAAAUCCUUCGAUCAGGAAAUGGAGCUCGUUGGAAAAUUUAUCCAUCAACGCGAGAGGAGGGAAUUCUUGCGAUCGGAGCAUAGAGGGCCUAUCGAUCGAAAGAGUAAUCGGAUGCAAGGAAAAGAGAAGGAUCGAGUCUUUGAGGUCUUCGUUGGAAAGGAAAAUGGGAUCUGUGGAGAGGAUGUUGGAGGAUCAGAUAGAGAAAAUAUGGGACGAGAAAGUGGAGAAACAUCCGUGGUUGUUGCCUAUCGACAAUUGGAUCGUUGAUCGUUGCAGAUCUUCUCGAAAGUGUUCUUCUGCCGUUCAAAACAGGAGAAACGAUAGUUUACACACGGAGGAAGGGAAUUCGGUGGAGAAAGAACGAAUUGAAGAGAGUUUCGAUUCUAAAUUUAUCGCUUCGGGAACGGGAGACGGAGAGGGAAGGGUGGAGAUGAAAUCGAUUGAACAUUUGAAGAAGCCGGAAAGAUUGAAAUUCGAAAAUAUGAACUCGAAUUCGAGAUUGAAGAGGCUCGAUCAGUCGAAGGAGGGAGAAGUUUUGGAGAUGAAAGAUGUAAAACACUAUGACCUAUUUGAUAAACUGAAGGACAAUGUUAAAGAGAAAAUGGAGGAUAUUCACAGGUACUUCCAAAGGACCAAUCGAUUGGCAGAUGUAAAUAGACGAUUAAAGUCGCAAAUAUGGAGCUCCGUGGUGACGAUCGUUCUCGUGGAGGCGAAGAAUUUGCUACCUAUGGAUAUAGAGGGCCUCUCGGAUCCCUACGUAAAAUUUCGUCUUGGGACAGAAAAGUACAAGUCAAAAGUGGUGCACAAGACCUUGAAUCCCGUUUGGUUGGAGCAAUUCGAUCUUCACCUAUACGAAGAUCCCUAUUUAGGGCAGGAGUUGGAGGUGACGGUGUGGGAUCGCGAUAAAAGCCAUCAGGAUGACCUAAUGGGGAAGACGGUGAUAGAUUUGGCAACGCUCGAACGCGAGACGACUCACAGGCUAUGGCGCGAUCUCGAGGACGGUUCUGGAAACAUUUUUCUCCUGUUGACCAUCAGUGGAACUACCGCCAGUGAAACGAUCAGCGAUCUAGCUGCCCACGAGGAGACUCCUCGCGAACGCGAACAAUUGUACCAAAGAUAUUCAAUGAGAAACACGUUGCAGAGGUUGCGAGAUGUUGGCCAUUUAACUGUUAAGGUAUUCAGAGCGCAAGGUCUCGCGGCGGCCGAUUUGGGCGGGAAGAGCGAUCCUUUUUGCGUGUUGGAAUUGGUGAACGCUAGAUUGCAGACUCAGACGGAGUACAAAACGCUGGCUCCAAACUGGCAAAAAAUAUUUACUUUCAACGUGAAAGAUAUUAAUUCGGUGCUGGAGGUGACGGUGUACGACGAGGACAGGGACCACAAGGUGGAGUUUCUCGGGAAAGUUGCCAUACCUCUUUUGAAGAUAAGGAACGGUGAAAAACGAUGGUACGCGUUGAAGGACAAGAAAUUGAGAGGUCGAGCAAAAGGGAAUUCCCCCCAAAUUCUGUUGGAAAUGACCGUGGUGUGGAACGUUGUGAGAGCCUGUGUACGAACGUUGAAUCCCAAAGAGAAGAAAUACAUGGAACCGGAGAUAAAGUUCAAGAGACAAGUGUUUCUGCGUAACGUUCUCAGAUUGAAGGCAAUCAUCGUUAUCGUUAUCGACAUUGGAAAAAUUAUUAGGAGCUGCUGGGAAUGGGAAAGUAAAAUGAGAAGCAUCUUUGCACUGGUUAUCUUUGUUUUGGGCUGUUACUAUUUUGAGCCUUACAUGUUCCCUGGAAUAGCACUCCUUAUCUUGUUAAAAUACUAUCUGGUCGCGAUGAUAACCGGUACGCCCCUGACCCAUCACACCACCCAUUCGCACUUUCACGACGAGAUCGACGAAGGUCCAGCCACUCCAGGGGACGACGACGACGACGACGACGACAAGGAUAAAGAAGAGAAGAAAAGUCUGAAAGAGCGGUUGCAAGCGAUUCAAGAGGUGACCCAGACCGUGCAAAACUCGAUCGGUUACAUAGCGAGCCUCUGCGAAAGGGUGAAGAAUCUCUUCAACUUCACUGUCCCUUAUCUCAGUUACCUGGCCAUGAUAUUGGCAAUCCUGGGCGCCGUUGUCCUCUACUUCAUCCCCCUUCGAUACCUCAUCCUAACGUGGGGCGUGAACAAAUUCUCGAGGAAGAUCGUCAGGCCUCACUCGGUUCCGAAUAACGAGCUCCUCGACCUCAUAUCCAGAGUGCCCGACGACGAGGAACUCCUCAAUUACAGGGAGUUGAAACCGUUGCCGACCGCCGAUUGCGAGAAAGGAUCUGGAAGUCCAGGCGUGUCGAAUCAAACGCGGAGGGAGCAGAGGAAGAGGCACAAGGCCGCGUAGCAGCAUGCCCCGCGGCCGGAAGUCGCGGGUCUACGAUCACCGAGCAUCCUGAGGACGGUCCUGCUGCGCCGGAAUAAGCGCCAGCGAAAGGGAUCAGCGGAGAAUCCGGAUGUGAUCGACAUAGACUGAGAAACGCCACGUUUCCACACUCACCGUAGUCGUUUUAGCUAGAAGGGGUUGUUGGGGGGGAGGGGGCAAAAUUUAAAUCGAAAUUUACGAAUAAAGUUACUCCCGAACACAAAUCGAUAAUAUAAAUUGGAACAAUCUAAAGUGGAAUAAUGGAAAAUUUGAUCGAGAAUGAAAAACUUUUAAACUUUUACCAAAGUAACUCUAUUCGAAAUUUUCAACUUUUUUGGGUUAACC